AGCUGUGUUGUCAUUUGGAUCAUUAAUCACUUAAAUGCUAUCUAUAUUCAGAACACCGGCUCUCGGACUUGGAAAUCCGAAAAAUUCUUGCAAAUGCUAGAAUUCCUUCCCAAAUCUACCAAAAUGCGAAUUUCUAGUAUUCAUAUUAAACGUUCGGGUUUGUUGUCUUUUUGUUUGUCCGUAGGGAAGUUCUUCUUUCGGCCAAUCGCGUUGGAGUUGCAGAAUCGUACCGGAUAUCAUGAUCAAAAUAAUCCAUUAAGCUACUUGCUAGUGACUGUACUUUUGGGCACUAACAUAUCCCUUGCGAAUGCCCUAGACCUUACAAACCCGAAAAUCUUAGGUCUAUGAAGGCAUCGUCACGCAGCCGCUUGUAAAGUUGUACUCCCUUAAACGCCUUCCAUAUCCAGU